GAGGAAUAACUUUAUAUUGUGGGCAGACAUAAGUUGUAGAAAUGCCGUUAAGAAGCGUUUUAAUUAAAGUCGUCAUAAUAGCUAUUGUGAUCUGUGUUCUAAUUCAUUGUUCUGAUGCAAGAAGACGAAGACAGCGAAGAACCGGAAGCCAUCGCGGGUUCGAAUCCCGGCGUCGGAGUGAUCGGUCAAGGUCAGUUAAAGUGCACGAGGAUCCGCACAAGGAAACCAUCCGCGCCAUCCAAGUGACAGGCAGUAUAUUCUCGCGACUUCUCCACCCGCACAACAACCACCAACCUAAUAUUAAACUUGUGCGUCGUGAACGUUUGUACUGCAGGGUUGGGAUCGGGUACCAGCUGGAAGUUCGUAAAGAUGGCAAGGUUACCGCGCGACAUCAAAGUACUAAGAAUGGUAUAUUUGAAGUCUUCAGCAUGAAGCAUGGGGUCGUGGGGAUAAGAAGCGAACGACAUCGAAGAUAUGUUUGUAUGAAUAAAAGAGGGAGAGUGUUUACUAGGCGAUCCUUCCGCCAUGAUUGUGAGUUCAGGGAGGAAUUGGAAGCUAAUGGUUACGUCACGUUUGCGUCACAAUUAUACAGCGACCACCAGCGGAGGUUAGGUUACUUUCUUGCGGUGUCGAAGAGGGGGAAACCCCGGAGAGGGAAACGGGUCACGUGGAAAAUGCAGAGCGCUCAUUGGUUAGCAAGAACUGUGACAGACAAGAAAUCAAACACGUGAUAACCAGCGUGACAAACUAAUCGUGACGUCACGAUGACGUAAUCAUGACGUGGACGCAACCCACGAGUCGCCGCUGGAGGCGCCAGCACCAAAAUACUCCACACUGCCACCUAGCGAGAGGGGACGGCUGCUAACCGGAAAUGAUGUAAAUAAACAAUCUCACUGUGCCCAUAGUUACGUCAUAAUGUGUUUAUUGUAACAAUGUAAAUAUUCAUUAUUUCGUAACAAUAACUGUUUGUUUCUAUUUAUGACGUCACAAUCAAAGUUCCAUUUGCACAUUUCCUUCUUGAAUAAAAACGGAAACCAAA